UGGCCACAGCCAUGCACCCGAUGCUUCGCCUGCUGGCCGCCGCGGCCGCCGCGGGGGCCGCGGGCGCGCCCGUCUUCGGCGGCAAGCGCGCGAGGGAGGCCGCCGCGGGUUGGCUGGGGGUGUGGCGCGCGGCCUACCAGAAGAACGACGGCUCCGUCCCUGAGCUGAAGGACUCGGACGUGCCCGCGGCGCUGAAGGGGACGGACUCCAUGAUCGUCAUCUCCAGCGGGGGCGCUGCUGGGGGCGUCGUGACGGAGGGGAUGGGCUACGCCAUCAUGGUCGAGGGCAUACACGCUCUGGGGGGCAGCAAGGAAGCGCUGAGCACGGGCCUCGCCCUCACCAAGGGCUGGCUCGGCAUGGUGUACGGCCCCCCAGAGACUUCUAUGGGCAAGGCGGAGGCCCCGCUCGGGGGCGGCAGCGGCGAGAAGGGAUCCGCCACCGACGUCGGCGUGCCGCCGUACGGCGUCUCGGCGAUCAAGGGCAAGGGCGGCGGCUACUCGGGGAUGGCGGCCUGGAAGUUCCCCGUGAACCAGUGUGCUCCCUUCUGCCACGGCACGGCCACGGACGGCGACGAGGACGCGCUUCUGGGCAUGAUCUACCUCGCAGAGGCGCUCGGCGCGCCCGCCGACUUCGUGGACAUGGCCGUGCGUGCCGCCAUCACCUUUGCGUCCACCGACCUCGGCUUCCCCGACAUCUACCGCAGCCUGCCCGACGGGUCGCGCAUGUACGUCCCCAAGGGCGGUUCUGACUGGGGCGGCCUGACACCGGAGUCUGGGAAGUAUGGCGCGUCCCAGCAGCCUUGGUGCUACAAUCCUUCGUACUUCGCUCCAGGCCAUUACCGUGUGUUCCGCGACUUCGUCCAGAAGUAUUGGGACUCUAGUUUCGACAGCUAUCUGCCAUCCUACCUUGACGGCACGCCCACUACUAUGAAAGACUUGGUGGCCUCAUUCGACGGAGCGAUCACGGCAGGGUACAACAUCCUCUACCACUCCUCAUGUUCCUCAGGCGCCGUCUCCAAUUGGGUUGGCGUCAAGUCGGAAUGCACGGGCAAGAGCCUCAAUUGCGAGGGGAUUCCUUGGGCCACGACGCCCUACGUCGGCGCGAAGGGCACAUGCACCGCGUCUGGGACGACCUUCGGCUCCUAUGGCCCUGACGCCAGCCGCACCCCCUGGAGGAUCGCCAUGGAUUACAUUUUGUACGAGGAGGAGUCCACCAAGGUGCAGAUGUACGAUAGGCACGGUAAGCUGGAUCCCUCGCUUGAGUUCAACGCCCAGGUGUACCUCAAUCGAUUCGCUAACCAGUACAUGCUUUACGCGACUUGCGACGGAGGUGCUGCGGGCGCCUGCAUGCAGCAGGGUCAGGUGGCGACCUUCGAAUUGGCCUCGGCCUUCUCCAUGAACGCCCCCGGGCUCACCUGCAAGAACGUCCCCAACGCCGGGCAGGAUUGGUGGGCCGGCUUCAUGUCCUACCCGACGUUCACGGUCUUCGUCGCCCCCCACAAGAACCUGACGGCCAGGCAGAGCGCGCAGUGGCAGGAGACCCUCGCGGGCAUCUGCGACUUCUCGGGCAAGGCGCCGAAGGGCGGCCUGUGCAGCGAGUCGUACUUCGAGCUGGGGCAGGAGGGCCCCAAGGUGCUCAGGAUGACGGGGAUGUCCUGGAUGUUUUUUUCGCCACCUCCAGGCGGGCUUCCGUAA